AUGCCCCUGUGAAAUCUUGCACAAUCUAAUCCAGUAGCUCUGUCAUAAAUUACAAAGCUUCAACCUCAUUUUGCUGGUGUUGUCAAAAAGGCAAUAAUUCUAAUUUACGUUUAUUUUAUCCCCUUUAAUAAUGACAUCAGCAAAAUCUACAAAUAUGGCAGCUUAGAUUGCAUUAGAUUUCACAGGUGUACCUCAUAAAGAUGCUGAUGACGGCAUGACAGUUUAUUCUAAGAAGUGAUUCAGUUAUCACAAUUUAUUGAAAUGCAUCAAUAUGACAAUAAAAAUUCUAAUUUACUGAUUUUGAUAAACCCUUCGGGCUGGAACGAUUAUUUUUGAUGGGCUGUGUUGACAUAGUAAUGCGGUUAACUGCUUCAACUCAAUACUGUGUGUAAUUUAAAGUCAAAUUGACACGUUAGUUGAUUUAAAACUGAAUUCAAGUUGAAGUAACUUAAUAAAAUUGGCUUCUUCUGUUGAAAAUGUAUCUCUAGUUUGAACAAAUAUGAUAAUAAGUCAAGGUAAGUAUGAAGUCUUUUACAUAUAAAUUCUACUAAAGCAACAAAUUUGCACUAAUUUUACUGCUUCAGUGUAAUUUGUUGCAUAAUUUCAUCAGAAGUUGUUUUCACUCAGAAAGAUUGAAUCUGUUACAUUCAUUUAUUUUGAGCCCAGACAUUUCUAUUGUGUACACUGUAAAAAUGAUUUUAACUGUAUUUUUGAAACAAUUUACUUGUAUUUUGCAGAUUUUUUCUGUUUUAUUAAACGACAGGAAACAAAAUAAAGAAGUAAAAUUUUCUGUAUAAGGGUUAAAAUAUAUAUUUUUAAAGUUUUUAGACAAUAGUCAGUAAAAAAAAGUCACAGAAAAAAAUAAAUAUUAAUUUAUAUGUUGACUAUAAAAAACAUGAAAUUAUACUAUUUAUACUGUUUUAAAUCUGCUAAAAAUCAUUACUGUUAUUUUACAGAUUUGUUUAUCAAAUGGUAAAGAUUUAUUCAGUUGCUUUUUAAAAAAUAUAUACAGAUUUCCUCUGUCUUGUGAAACUGUAGUAAAUAUACUGACAUGUCAAACUGUAAAAAAAAACAGAAAAAGAACAAAUAUAAUCUGCAUUUGUUGAUAAUGUUGACUUUAAGACCUCUUUAACUACGAGUGGCCAUAAAAAUACAUUGUUUUUAGGUAUUUAAAUCAGUUAAAAACAUUAUUUUUCCACAGAUAUUUGCCUUUAUUUUAUAAUGGUUCCUAAAGUCUGUCUUAAAGUUCAUUAUUCCACUAGAUUUUUGUAUUUUUUAAUUAUCAUUUCAAGCACUUUCGCUGCCAAAUUUUCAGUUUCUUUCAAUUUUUCUUCACUCUCUUUGUUUUUUUACAGCGUAGAUCAGAAGCAUAAACAUUUCUGCUGCUCUCUGCCUGAAGGCGCUGCCGUUUGGAUGUGAGACAAUCACAAUUUGUUUUGUGGUGAGUUUUUUGUUUGCAUACCUCCGCUCUGCAUCCAACUCUGCUGCUGUGCAGAAAGCCCCUGUAACUGGAGGAAAAGUAUGCCAAUCCCAUCAAAUUCAUUAGGAAUGUGUUGUCUUUUAAUUGGUUCCAAUUAAGGUGAUGGGAGACAGAGCUGCAGAUGUUUUUCACCUGACUAGAGGAGGCGGCGCAACGCACAGAGGGCAAACAGGGACUGACUGCACAGGGAAACGUGUACGCUCCCAUAAUUACACUCUGGCUCUCGGCCUAUAUAAAUCAUACAUGAACAAGAGCAAACAGCUGAAUGCUUUAGAAAUGACAAGCAGGCUGUGAUCCAUUCAUCCGAGCUGGCUUUAAUGCUCGUGACAGAUCCGAGCUCCUCCAAACAGAUGCAGAGCCGCCUUGAGUUUAUCUCAGUUGAUCCCGAUCAUAUCAGAGAUGUUGUUUGCUCCUGUGCAGACAGCAUCAGAUCGCCCUAAGUGCCUCAACUUUGAGCCAUCUUUCAAGUCUUGUUGGCACAUGGAGUUUGGCGGCUGCAACCAUUAACCUUUUUGAUGGUUUGACGCAGUUUUCAGAGCUGGAAUAUAAUCUAUCAUAUAAUUUAUUUUAAGAAUAUAAUGUAGGCCCAUGUAACUGAUCUGAUACAGAAUGUGUCAGCUACACUGUAAAAAAAAAAAAAGUUCAAGUUUUUAGAUUUUUUUAACCCUCCUGUUGUCUCAUAUAAAAUGAGAUAUAUAGUUUAAUCUGUGACUGGAUUACCAAACAAAUGCCUAUAAAGGGCCCUAUGAAUCCAUCAAUCAUACAGUCAUACAUGCACCAUGACUUCAAUGAGUCAACUGAUUAGUGCUAAUUAUGCUAAUUUUUAUUAUUUAAUUUCUUCAUUUGUUUUGGAAACACACCCCACCAGAAGACAAUAUCAAGAGAUAGAAGAAUCUUUGCUCCACAGCCUGAUCUUGAUACCUUGGCAUGCAAAAUGUUUGUGCUAAAUUCCAGUUUCAAGAGUUUAAUCAUGCCACUUUUAUGCUCAGGCCUUUAUUUAUGCAUCCAAUAACAAUGCAGCUGUGUAUGUCUUCAGACCGCAUGUGGUUUUGAUUACACGUUAUGGAGUCUAUAUAAGACGCCUUUUUCAGUCGUUGUUUUUCUUUUGGCACCGGCACAAAAUGUUGACAGACACAUUUCACUGUACAUUCUAAUGAGGGUUGACAUGCUGGGACAGUAGAUCUAAGCACGGAGACAGCUGCUGCUAUGAUGUUGCACAAACAAAAUGCUGCCUGGAGGCGCUUCUACGUGAAUGCGAGACAAAAUUACAAUUUGUGUUGUGGUGAGCUUCAUGUUUGCAUGCCUCGACACUAUGGUCCGUGUGCGUGUGUGUGUGUGUGUGUGUAUUUGAGAGCAUGCCCCCUUUCAGAUAGCCGUGCGUACUGCUUUGCCAACCCAGAUGCGGUGCACAAAACCGCCGUAAGUAUAGCGGGGCGUAAAAUGCGAGACCCAUUAACUUCAUUACAAAACUGUUUUAGUUUUAAUUGGCACUAAUUUGCCUGAUGGGAGGACAGCCUACAUAAAGGAGAAGAAAGGCUUCGAGUCAUUCGUGGGCAGACGGCAAAAAUGACAAGUAAGUGGAAUGCUGCGCUCCAUCCAAGCGGAGCCCGGCGCGCAAUUUUACGCACCAUGGAAGCUCCGGACUCAUCCAAAAAAAGCCUUCCCGAGUUUAUUCUCAUCGCGUCGGUGGUGCUGCUCGUCCGGGUCGGGCCGGCAUCAGGUCACCCUCAGUGCCUGGACUUCGAGCCACCUUUCAAGCCUCAGUGGCACCUGGAGUUCUGCACGCAGUACGAGGAUUUUGGCUGCUGCGACCAGAAAACUGACAACAGCAUCGCGGAGAGAUACUGGGACAUCAUUGACCAGCUGGAGGUGGGGGGUCAAGAGCUGUGUGUGGACAUGCUGAAGGAAAUUAUGUGUCAGGACUGCUCUCCAUAUGCCGCCCAUCUCUUCGACGCUGAAGAUCCCUACACACCUGUCCGAGAGCUACCUGGCCUCUGCUUUGGCUACUGCUCAGCGUUUCACAGCAAAUGUGGCCAUGUAGUUAAAUAUUUAACAGCGAACCGGCUGCUGCGGGACACCUCAGAGCGGGACAUGACCACAUUCUGCAGCAUGAUGGACCUGUCCGACCAGGACUACUGCUACCCCAACGUCCUGAAGAGCCCCGGCCUCAACAGCAACCUGGGCCAGGUGGUGGAGGACCCCAGAGGGUGUCUGCAGCUAUGCCUGACUGAGGUGGCCAACGGUCUGAGAAACCCAGUGCUGAUGCUGCACAGCAGGGACGAAACACACCGCAUGUUCAUAGCCGAACAGCUGGGCUUCGUUUGGGUUUAUCUUCCCGAUGGCAGCCGGCUGGAGCAACCUUUCCUGGACAUGAGCGGGGAGGUGCUGACCACUCCCUGGCUGGGGGACGAGAGGGGUUUCCUGGGCAUGGCCUUCCACCCAAACUACCAGGACAACGGACGCUUCUUCAUCUACUACUCCAUCCAGUUCAACAGCAAAGUGGAGAAAAUCAGAAUCAGUGAGAUGAAGGUUUCUGCCUCCGACAUGAACAUGGCUGAUCCUUACUCAGAGAGGGUCAUUUUAGAGAUCGAAGAACCGGCAGCAAACCACAACGGAGGCCAGCUGCUGUUCGGCCUCGAUGAUUAUUUGUACAUCUUCACUGGAGACGGUGGAAAAGCAGGAGAUCCAUUCGGGAAGUACGGAAACUCACAGAACAAGAGUUCUCUGCUGGGAAAAGUACUGCGCAUCGAUGUGGAUGGAACCGACUCCAGUGGGCUGCAGUACAGGAUCCCCCCUGAUAAUCCAUUCAUCGGGGACCCGGACGCUCGCCCAGAGGUGUUUGCAUAUGGCGUUCGGAACAUGUGGCGAUGCUCAGUGGACCGCGGAGACCCGGUGAGCCGCUACGGCAGGGGUCGGAUAUUCUGCGGAGAUGUUGGUCAAAACCGCUACGAGGAGAUCGACAUCAUUGAGAAGGGAGGAAACUACGGAUGGAGGGCCAAAGAGGGCUUCGAGUGCUAUGAUCUGAAACUGUGCCAGAACUCAUCCCUCAAUGACAUCCUCCCUAUAUUUGCAUACAGCCAUCAUGUUGGCAAGUCUGUGACGGGGGGAUAUGUGUACCGAGGAUGUGAAUCACCCAAUCUGAACGGCCUGUACAUCUUUGGAGACUUCAUGAGUGGUCGAAUCAUGGCACUAGAAGAAGACAGGACGACAGGAGUCUGGCAAGAGAGGAGUGUGUGCAUGGGCGAUAAGAAGACUUGCUCUUUUCCUGGACUCAUCAACCACUACCACAAGUUCAUCAUCUCCUUCGCUGAGGAUGAAGCAGGAGAACUGUAUUUUCUGGCCACGACAUACCCAAGCUCCUCGUCUCCAUAUGGAACAGUAUUUAAAUUUAUGGACCCCUCGAGGAGAGCUCCUCCAGGGAAAUGCAAGCAGAAACCGCUCCCCGUCAAAGUGAAGGGCAAGAAGUUUGCAUUUGCUCCAAGGGAACUGACCGUGCUGGACACAAAAGAGAAACCUACGAGACCACCGCCGAGAAAAUUCAAGUUCACCACCAAACCGCCAGUGACAAGCAACCAGGUCAAACCCACGACGAUGACGACUCACGCCAAAACGACACCUACGAGCAACGCCGUAAAGCCGAAAUUAGCCGAUAAGGAGGCGAGUAGGAAAAACAAGCUGAAACCAGAGAAGAAAAACAAAAUGCUGAACAAGCAGGGGGCUAAGAAACAAAUGAAGACCAAGGUAGUGAAGCCGAAACCCAACAAACAGCCGAAGAAGACGGCGGCGAAAAAGCCCGUCGUGGUCAAAAAUAAAAUAAAACCCAAGAAAAAUCAAACCAACACCGAGAAUUUUGAUGAUCAGAGAGCCUCCAACAGCCUGAAGGACAACAAGAUCCACACAAAGAGGAAGAGUCCCCUGAGGAAGGCUGCACCGAAGCAACCUGGACUAAAGAUUAAUAAAAAAGCAAAAGAACACGUUGGCCUCGUGAACAAAACUAUGAUACACUUGAAUGUAAAACGCAACAGAACGACGAGAGCCCAACUUCAGGUAAAAAGCAGGCGAGCGAGAAACAUCAAAGCACUUUAAAGACUGUGUUUUACUAUGACUGAGACAUUAUUUAGUUGAGUUUUCUUUGUGAAACUAUUAGUGUUGUAUCUUAAAGGGGUAGUUUGAUAUUUUGAAAUCUGUCUUUCAGCUGAGAGUUAGAUCAGGUUAUUACCUUGUUAAUCAUGUCUGUACAGUAAUUAUGACUGUAUAAAAGAGAUCUUAUGGACAGGUUUUGCCCUCAGCAGCCAUCUUAGGAAGUUAUGUCAGGAUAUCACCAAUUCUCUAUCUAAAUGAAUGGACAGAGUCAUAGCUACAAUUUUAGUAGUGACCGGGACAGAAAAAAAAGACGUGUAGAGACUCACCAGUCAAAAAAGUGUUUAAAAAGUUUAGUGGGUUGGUUGGUUGGUUGACAGGUUGGUUGGUUGACUGAAACUGACUGAAACUCUCUGUGACAUCCAGAGGUUUCCUGAAUAACGUUUCUGAACCUCAGCUCAAACUGACUACAGACUAAUCCGACAGUGAACAAAGAGUAUGAGUGGAGCUGAAUGCAUGCAAACAUCUUUAGGCCAUGGACUGUCCUGUGAUGGUACCAAACUGCCACUCAAAGCAGCCUUAUUUAUGCCUGACUUCAAGCCUUAAUACAAUUUAAAUUAGAAUGUUACACUGGACAACCACCCCCCUAAAACAGUCGUGAAUGGGGACAUUGGGUAAAGGGACCAAAACUAUUUUUCGCAUCAGGCUCUCAACAUAUUUAUUUCUGUGGCAAAGUUGGACAUUUUAGCACAGGGCUCUAUUGGGACGGAUUUGGAGCCUCAACAGGACAUUCAAGAAACUACAGCUUUUAUCACUUUUGUGUUGGAUUAAUUUUUCAGCAUUGGAGGCUCCCACUUAAGCUGAACGAGGUUAGCAGUGUCCCCCAACUCUCAGUGUUCAUGCUAAGCUAACUGUCUCCACAAUGUAGCUUUGAUUUUACUGUACAGACUUUUAUUGAUCUUCUCGUCCAUCUUCAGAGUAAAAAAACUCUAAAAAAAAUGUUAAACUAUCGCUUUAGGUACAAAGCACACAACUGUUGCACGCAAUUAUGCAUGUAAUGACACUGUUUCCUUUGCAUUUUAUUUUUGACUGUCGUAAAGCCGUUGGUCCAAGUUAAUCACUGGCUUGGCUGUAUUUAGAACAUAUCAAGCAGGUUUGAAGUCUAAAAAAGCACCAAACACGAAGAAAAAACACUCAUGCUCCGUGCCAAGGCCCACAGUGGGUAAAUUGCUCUAAUUUUACAGAACAUGCAAAUGUUAAAAAUAAACAUUAGAAAGUG